AUGGAGAAAGGCGCGAGCUCAGCCAGACCCAACUGGGACAGUCCGGUCCAGUUCCUGUUGGCCUGCGUCUCCUACGCGGUGGGACUCGGGAACGUGUGGCGCUUCCCGUACCUGUGCCAGAUGCACGGGGGAGGGGGCUUCCUGAUCCCGUACCUGCUCAUGCUUUUCCUGGAGGGGGUCCCGCUCUUCUACAUGGAACUCGCCAUCGGACAGAAGAUGCGUCAGGGAAGUAUCGGGGCCUGGACCAACAUCAGCCCGUACCUGGGCGGAGUGGGUUUGGCCAGUGUGGUGACGUCGCUCUACGUCUGCCUCUACUACAACAUCAUCAACGGCUGGAGCUUCUGGUACCUCUUCCACUCUUUCCAGGCCGUCCUUCCCUGGUCCACCUGUCCUCUCUCAGCCAAUCGGACGGAGCCUCUGGAGGAGUGCCGCGUGGCCACGCCCACUCAGUACUUCUUCUACCGAGAGACUCUGAACAUCUCGCCGUCCAUCGAGACCAACGGAGGCCUCCACAUGGGACAGGCCCUGUGCCUCCUGCUCGCCUGGGUCAUGACCUACCUCUUCAUCAUCCACGGAGUCAAGUCCACCGGCAAGGUGGUUUACUUCACUGCCACUUUCCCGUACGUCGUUCUGACCAUUUACCUGAUCCGCGGCCUCACGCUGCACGGAGCCUUCAACGGCGUCACCUUCAUGUUCACACCUAAGGGAUCUUCAAAAAUGUCAGAUUUGUUGGCGAUUCAGAUGGAGCAGUUGGCCGACCCCAUGACCUGGAUCAACGCUGCCACUCAGAUCUUGUUCUCGCUGGGCCUGGGCUUUGGUUCGCUCAUCGCCUUCUCCAGCUACAACCAGUACAACAACAACUUCGAGCGCCAGGCCGUCAUCGUGUCCCUCGUCAACAGCGGCACCUCCAUCUUCGCCAGCAUCGUCACCUUCGCCAUCUACGGCUUCAAGGCCACCGUCAAAUACGAGGACUGUCUGGACAGAGUGCGUCUUCUCCUCAUGAACAGUUUUAAUCUGGCCGAGGACGUGAUCACUCAGGAGAACGUGCUGAACUGGGUGGAGAAGCUCAACUCCAGUUACCCCGGGGAGUUUGCACAGAUCGCCGACAAACUGGAGACCUGUGACCUCGACAAGGAACUCAACACUGUAGGUACCUCACCAGGUCUGGCCUUCAUCGUGUACAGUGAGGCCAUCAUGAACAUGCCUCUGUCUCAGUUCUGGUCCGUGUUGUACUUCUUCAUGCUGCUGCUGCUGGGCAUGGGCAGCAUGUUGGGAAACGUGACGGCCAUCAUCACGCCCAUGAGGGACUUCAAGAUGUUCGCCAGGAUCAGCGACGAAAUGCUCAACGGUAUGAUGUGUGUCUUCUGUCUCGUGCUGGGCCUGGGCUUCACCACUCCGUCUGGAAACUACUGGUUCACCAUGUUCAACGACUACGGCGCCACGUUCUCCCUGCUCUUCAUCGUCCUCAUCGAAGUGAUCACCGUCAGCUACUACUACGGCAUCAAGAGGUUUUCCAAAGACAUUGAGGACAUGCUGGGCCACGCUCCAAACUGGUACUAUAAAAUCAUGUGGGGAGGAGUCAGCCCCCUGCUCCUCAUCGCGCUGCUCAUCUUCUACAUCGUCAACUACAUCCAGGGAGGCACGCCCACCUACCAGGCCUGGAACCAGGAGCUGGGCGAGGCUGUGGUCACGGAGUACCCCCUGUUUGGACAAAUCUUCAUCGCGAUAUUGAUCGUAUCUUCGGUGAGCUGCGUGCCCAUCACCGCCCUGUACGUCUACUGCACGAGGAGGAGACCGAGCGCCAUGGCUGUGUACACAUAGACCCCGGACACUCCCCAGAGCCCCCAACACACGCCUACCUGACCCCAACACACGCCUACCUGACCCCAACACACGCCUACCUGACCCCAACACACACCUACCUGACCCCAACACACGCCUACCUGACCCCAACACACGCCUACCUGACCCCAACACACGCCUACCUGACCCCACACACACCUACCUGA